AUGAUAAUACUUUUAAAUGGAUCUUUUGAUAUUUAUUCACUAAUAAUCUGCCUUUGGAGUUUGGGCAGUCUCAGUUGUGGGGUAAAUAGGGAGAAAAGGUGUCAAAUAUUGUACAGAAGAGUAGAACCUAAACACCGAUGGAAUACAGUGAUGGAGUUCAAUGGAUGUCAUAUAAAUGAGGUUUCGGACCCGGUAGACAUUGAGAUUUAUUCUGAUCGAUCUCAGACCCCUAGCCCGACGCCUGUGUUAUCAACAAAUGUGUGCUGCGAUCUAGAAGACAUAUUGAGCGACGCUAUAUCUGAAUCUCUCCAAAACUCUCUUAGAAUAAGUCGCAGUCAGCUGAUUAAUCAAGAAUUAACAAUACGUCCAGAGGCUAACAUUGAAUCCAACGUCCCUGAAGGCUUGGACCUUUAUAAAGUUAUAUUUGAAGUAGAAAGUGAUACAGAUUUAAAAAUGGGUGACAUGGAGGGCACUAGUCACAAUAAUACAAUUAAGAAUGAGGAAUCAUGUCGGCAUGUUGGCGGCUCGAAGUUCUACGAAGCUGUAGAUGCAUCCACAACAGCGGGGACUUCGACUCCGUCGCCCACAGAAAAGCAAGACCACAUGAAGCCUAUUGAAAGUGAUGACGAAGUAUCAGAUGUCGACCAAGAAUGUACAGUGUUCUGCGGAGUUAGUUACCUGGGAGCUCAGAACAUAGCUGAUCCGAAGUCAGAAACGGACAUACAACGCAUCAUGAAGGAGCUCAGUUCGAUGCCCGAAAACAGAGAUGGCAUUGCUGUGUCUAUAUCCAUACCGGUGUGCUCUCAAGGACUUGUCGUAUUGUACCAAGCGGACACAAACAGUGUAAUGACAAGGUACGCAGUGAACAGGAUAUCGUUCUACGCGCGCGGCGCCGCCGGGUCGCCGGUGGCGUCCUGCUUCGCCUUCACCUGGUCCCACGGGGAGACCAGGGAGUCCGCGGUGUACAGGUGUCACGUGUUCCGCUGCCACAUCGCUGAGGCUGUUAAUCAGGUUUCAAGUUGCUUCGCAAAAGCAUUCGAACGUAUACCACGUUCGAUGGCAUCAUCUCUCGUGGGCGACCUUAGUGCGGCGCCCUCUAUGACUGGGUCGCUAACGGAGGGCCUGGGCCCCGCCGCGCCUCCUAUGCAAUUGAUGCAUGUAUUGGAAUGCACUAUCGACAUAAAAGAAACUGAUGCUAAGGGUACACUUAGUCACGUGCCGAAAGAGCGCCUCGGCUACAAACUGCGCGGUGGCAUCGACAAGCAAGUCACUAUAAAUGUCACGCAAGUCACAAAUAAUGUUCACGCUGAAACUGAAGACCCACAAUCGUCUUACACCGGUGGGCUGUACAUAGAAAGAUGCUUCGGUAUACUCCUGGCGCCUGGUCGCAGUGUGAAACAUUCAGACAUGCAAUUACUUGAAAUGGUGAGUGGUUCGUCAGGAGGGUCGGGGUGUUCAGUGUGCGCGUUUUGGAAUGCGGGAGAAUCCGCGCUCGCCGCCUUCAACGUGGCGAGCGGCGACGGCGCGCCCGCGUACAUGUCGCUCGCGCUUGAUCUGGUCAUACGCGGCAUUAGGGACCCGUUGAGGUUGGUUAUUGAGACUCCAGUGAAAGUAUUUCCACCUGCAGAACGAUUUUGGUAUUACUCCAAACGACCUCUAGUUCAGCAGUUCUACAUUAACUUAAAAGAGUCAGUGGACUCGCUGGGCCAGCUGCAGUACGAGGUGGCGAGCGUGGAGACGUCGGGCGAGCUGGACCGCUCGCGCCUCAACCUGCCGCUGUCGCUGUCCAGCCUGCUGCCGUCGCCGCUGUCCGCCGCGCCCGCGCCGCCCUCGCCCUCCGAGCCGGACUCGGAUGGUGAUGAACCACUGCUCAGCGGAACUGGCGAAGUAUCUAAGGAUUGUAAUGUGGAUGUUCUUGAAAAUUGGGCACAAGUUCUUAGAAGUUGGAUCGGUCCUCGCCCACGUGCUCUGAGUCAGCUGGUCCGCGUGGGCGUGCCCGAGGCGCUGCGCGGAGAGGUGUGGCUGCGGCUCGCCGGCGUGGACCAGAACGAUAAGUUGAUGGAGACGUAUCGCACUCUUAUAAGUAAGGACUGUCCGUUCGAGGCGGUGAUCCAGCGCGACAUAGCGCGCACGUUCCCCGCGCACGACUUCUUCCGCGAGGCGGGCGGGCUCGGCCAGGACUCGCUGCUACGCAUGGCGCGCGCCUACGCCGUCUACGACGUAGAGGUCGGCUACUGCCAGGGACUGAGCUUCCUCGCUGCUACGCUGCUCUUACAUAUGCCCGAAGAGCAAGCUUUUUGUCUCCUAGUACGAUUGAUGUAUGGAUAUGGAUUAAGAGAACUGUACAAAGAUGGUUUUGAAGCACUAUACAUGAGAUUACACCAAUUGGACAGAUUGAUGGAGGAACAAUUAAAUGACCUGCGGGCCCAUUUUCAAGAGCUAGGCGUUGAACCACACAUGUUCGCGUCACAGUGGUUCCUUACCGUCUUCACGGCUAGAUUUCCAUUGCCUUUGGUUUAUCACAUACUAGAUGUAUUCCUUCUCCAAGGAAUGGACACACUAUUCCAAGUGUCACUGGCUUUACUCAGUCGCGCUCGGAAAGAUCUUCUGCAACAUGAUUUUGAAGGUGUACUCAAAUAUUUUAGAGUAACAUUACCGAAGAAAUGUCGUGCAGAGGAAGCGUCGCGUCAGAUCGUUAAACUCGCUUGCAGUAUAAAAGUUAAAAGGCUACAGAAAUACCAGCUGGAAUACGAAAAGUUUAUUAAGGAAUCAGCUGAAAAGGAAAAAAUAAAUGUAGAACUGGAACGAUUGAAAGUAAUCAAUUCACAACUCCAACAGGAUAAAGAGAUGCUAGAAACCCAACUUGCUCAGACACGCAGUAAUUACGAAGAAGCUCAAAAGGAAUAUGUACACUACGCGGCAGUCGCUAGAGAUUAUAGAGAGAUAUGUGCGAGGCUCGACAAGCAACUACAUCAAAUGCAGGACUGCGUGAAAAGUUGCGUCAGCUGUAGUGUUAAAUUGGCACAGAAGGACAAUAAAGAAGAAUUAGAACAAAAAGGAGAAGAAAAAGAGAAUUCAAGCGACACAGAAGCGAGGCUGAAGCAGCGCGUGCGGGACCUCGAGCUGGAGCUCGCGCAGGUGAAGCUCGCUCAUGUACAGGCGCAGUGCAGCAAUCAGGAGCUAAGCCACCAAUUGAAUGCGGCUCUAAACGAAAUGCAAGCGGCCAUGAACCAGAAGCAGUCGGUGACGCCGUGGCUCGUCCGCACGCUCGGUUCCAUCAUGGAAGCUGCACAAAACCGACCAUCUUUCCAAACAUACCUUCCAAAUUUAAAUCAAGAGCAACAGCCGCCGUUGCUCCAUAGACAAGGUUCUUUCUCGAGUACACACGGCCAGAGCCACGCGCCGCUCGACCGCCGCGUGUCGGAGCCUUACAGCCCCGACGUCGUGCGCAGGAAGAAGGACCUUAAUGCGAAAAGGCACUCGAUGCUCGUAGAGUCGAACCUCAGCAAAGAAGCGAAGGACCUCAACCGACGGAGCCACCACGACGUCACAAUUGUAAAGAACCUAUCGAUGGGU